UCCGAUGUAUGCGUGAAUUCGGAGCCACUGAUCGUCAAUUCAGACCUUGGCUUUGCCUUGUUAAUUCUCUGUUAUACGAAAACAGUUUUGUUUGCUCAUUAUGGACGGUUUUAAGAAUACAAUCGCGUGUUUUGGCUUCCUCGUAAUUAUUAUGCUAGUUAAUCAAGCCGGUGCUAUCAGGUGCCAAUACUGCUCGUCGUUCAUAGAUGGCAUUAGCUGUCACACAGACACGUUCGAUAAGGAGUCCGACCAGUUUGUCGUUGACUGCGACAACAAGACACUUCAGGAUCACCAGUCGUGGAACACUGUCUUCAACAAGACAACAGGAUUCACCAUGUGCAGGAAGAUGACCAUCGACAGUGACGAAGGCCUACGAACGUUCAGGGACUGCGCAUUUGAGGAGAAAUACAACGAGCGGAAUUUCUGGUACAUAUCCUUAGGCAGUGUCAAACAAGUUGUCUACCAAUGCGACGAGGAACUCUGUAAUUCUGUCGGCCACUUGGCACCAUGGACCGGCAUCAUGGCACUACUCCUGGUUGCUGUCAAAAGCUGUUUCUAGAUCCAAGUGGCAGUCUGUAAAGGCAAGAGCAUUUGGGUGGGUCGAGAGGGGGGCAUCAUGAAAAAAAAAGAAAAUGGGUACCAAUGGGGAAAAUCAUCAGCCUUUCUUAUGGUACAAAUCAUUUACUGGCGGGGAAUGCUAAAACCUGCAACCAUUCACAUCACUGUGCACAUCUUGUCGUACUCUAUCGAGGAGGAAACGUUCUGGCACAACGUAUGCCUACAUGGAACGUGUCACUCCAAAAACGUGGGCGAUCGAUCAGUGGUUAGGUAAACUUUAGCAUCUGUACAGUGUCAUUCGUGUUUGAGCAACAACACACGAGAGAUCGCAGAAGGUUCCGCAUCAGUAAACAAUGGGGGAUUGAAACGGGGUUGGGGGCGUUACAAUUACGAUAUUACUCCAAAAAACCACUUGCUGCAAUUGAGCGUUUUUUUAAUUCAUUAUCUCGAUAGUAAGAGCGUCAUCGAUGGUGUAUCUGUAUAUAUGUGCACCGUCUUUGUACACUACAUACUCAGCAUUAUGGCAGUCAAUCGUCGCAUCAUCUGGCAUCACAUUCCACCGCAUGGCUUGUUCAAAUUAAACUGCCGUAGUAUCUCGGUUGAACAUGUAUGGCAAUAGCAAUAACACAGACGGAACUGUGAGAGCGUUUUGCGGUUUAACUAUGUCGUCACGCGUAGGUGUGAGUGCGUGGCUUGCUUAGGGGGUUGCUUAACGAUUUCAUGAUCGAGUCUGCUCGAAAUGGCUUCCUGUAAAACACAAAGUAAUACUCCCGUAAAACUCAAGUAUCCUGCUGUGAGUUGCAGUGUAGUUGUUGCGUGGCAUUUUAUUUGGUCAGAUCUGACCGUGAAUCUCUUUAUUGUUGAUUAUGGCUAUUGGAAGUUUAUUUUGCAUGAUUCUCGGCGAUCUGUGCCGUAUUGGUUUAGCACAGUUGAUCGCGACUCUUUCAAAUGAUCAUGUUUUCGGUGCAGUUGAAGAAGAUAUAUUUGCACUUGCACAGUAGUGUUACAGGUCUUGUAAUCAUUGAUUUUCAAAGCUGUGAUUCAUAAUAGCUUUGAAAAUUAGUGGAAAUCGUGUCCGAAUUUACAGAUGUUGAUGUUUUAGUAUGGUCAUUAGCAUACGAUUAACCAGUUUUUAAAAGUAUCCAUUGAAGUGUUAAUUUUUCUUAAUAGAAUGAUGUUAUUACGUUUACAUAGAAUCUUUUUUGGUGUAUCCUAGAUGAAGAUUUAUUGUUAUGAUUGUGUUUGAAUCUCGUAGAAUGUAGUAGAUCAUGCGUGUAAUUGUCUCUCUUUUUUACAUUUGGUGUGUCAUGUUAUUACGAGUGUGUGGCAGCAACUUAAGAUGUCACAGUUUGCUGAGCGAAGGAGCUGCUGUCAUAGGAAGUAGGUUUCAGACGCUCACGAAAUAAGAGCGUUGACAACCUUUCCUCGGCAUCCCGAUAAUGUUUAGGACGAAUUUUGUUGUUGUUCUCGAAUGAUAGCAAAAUGUUUCGCGAGGGCCUGCUAACAUGGUUCAUGUGCACAGAUGGGUUGUAGUUUCUAGGAAAUUUCUUACGUGUAGAAGUGAUGUAGGUUGCGUCUAGUGCCAAUAGGUUGGUGUGCCAGUGCCCUCUUUAGAGAGUUAUACGAACUAGGGCAUCAUGUGGAAGAUGUGACUACAGAUGAAAGUGUAGAAUCUCGGAACAGAAUCUCAUUGCCUCGAUCGUGCGCGGCUCCUUGAUGUUGUUGCGUGCGAUUUUUGUAAUUGCGUGCUCACGAUGUCAUGUGGCUCGUAUCGUUCUUACUUCGCGGCAUGUUAUCGUCGUGUGUGUGGGUGUAGACCUCAAGUAAUCGCCAUCGCACAUCUAGUUCUGCGUUGGUCUCGGUAUCUUGUUGGUCUAGGUCGGCAGGGUAUGGAGACGGAAGGUGGCAAGCCAAUUGCGAGGUGCGGAACCCAAAGACGAGGCGUUGGGGAAAGGGGCGGCAGUAAAUUAUAGUGCACAUCUAAAUAUCUACGGCUAUUACUAUUACUAGUUGUGUUAAUUAGAAAUCUUUUAGUAAUUCAGAAAAAUUUUAACGCAUCAUGUUUUAGAAAUAAUAGUUUAUAAUAGCAACUAGUAGACGAGUGAACCCGUAAUAUAUUGGUAUAUAUUAUAGCAAUCACAUGUAGAUAUAGUAUUCCAAACUCAAGCACACACAGGCCAUAUUCCUAUUACACUAUGCAAUUAAUAUUAGGUAAUGAUGAUAAUAACAUGCGUAGGGUGUAAGUAAUGCUGUUGAUGUUAUAAAUGUGCAGGUAAAUAAAACAUUGGUUCUUAUUUUACCGUCAAA